UUAUGGCUAAUAGAUAUAUUUUAAAUAAAAACAUUCCGCGAUGACGAGAAACAAGGUUUCUCGCUCAAGAAACUUAGUUUAUCAAAAUUCAAAAAAAGAAGAAUAAAAUCAAUGAGAAGAAUGAAAUUGAUUGUCCCGCGUAUUUCACUAUGGGGGUAUUUAUUUCUUCAUCCCACAUGGUUUGCUUCACAAGCUCUUUCUGCAACUUGAGAGAAGAACAGAACGUCAUAUCCAAAAGCAAAAGACCAAAACCACAAGAAGUAUACCUGAGAGCAGGAGUUAGGAAGAAGAUGCCUACUAACGGCUCACAACACCGCGGUACAGGGAGAGAUUUCAGAAGAAUGGUGAAUUCUCCUUACUUUAGAAGUACUGGAAAUUUGCCAUCGUUGCCAGAAAAUUCUCAUAGCAACACUAGUCUUAGGUUUGUGAAAUGUUAUAUUAAUUUUUUUGCAUGUCCUGGGUGUCUUUUUUCAAACUAGAAAUACACCUCUUGACAUUGUUGUUGUACUCAUGUGCAGUUCCUUUUACCUACUCAGGUCCUACUCAGUCUGCUAAGCUGCGCUCUGUUUACCUGUACAAAACAAUACAAAACAGCACAUUGUUUGCAGAACAGAAUAACACGCAAUACUGACACUGCAAUGUGGAAUGGUUUUGAUUAGUUAAGAUAUUCAUGAUGCAUCCAUUUACAUUCAGUCCCGCACUGAUACAAAGUUUUAAAUGUUUCAGAAACCAUUUUUUAUCUAAGUGCAAGAUAUUUCCUUUUUAAUAUGUUCAGGUCUUAUUUUUCCAAGAAUGGAAAGGAGGGGGUUACAUGGAAGAAACAGCACUUCCAUCCCUUCAUCAGGUACAUAUAUAAAUCAGUUCUGUUUUUAAGUUUUAGAGAAGUAUGCAUAGAUACAUUUAUGUAGAUCUUUUUAUAACAUUUAAUUGCAAUGUAUGAAUCCCUCUUUUAGCUAGAAAUUAUAGAGCUUUUUUUAAGGAGAACUAACGACAAAAUCUGCGCACAUGUUUUUUUGUAAUAAAUAUGUUUGUUCAUAUCACAAAAACAACAUUGCAUACCAUUUUUUUCUAUUUACUCUAUUUUUUGUCCAAAUUUUGUCCCUAAACUUGGUCAAUGGUGUUUUUUCACAUUGUCCAAAGUUUCAAUAUUGGGCAAUGUCUAAUCCCCUGUGGUUGAAAACAAACCAAUGCUCAACAAUCUUGAGAUUUUCAAUUCUAUAUUUUCUAACUGUGUGGUUUUUGGGUUGCUUGCUUUUUGGGGUGCAUUAUGAAUUAUUUGAAAAAUUUAGCACAUUAUAUUGGUCCACCUCACCUUGAGCUGAUAUUACUAUCACAUUGUUACGUCAUAAAUCUUAUUAAUUUACCGAAUAGCGUUUCUGUGUAGCCACUGUCAUGGUAGCGACCAUAAGCCCCUUUUGACCAGAGCUAAUAAAGGCGUAACAAAUUUCACACUUCAUAUUGGCUUUGAAAUAAACAAUUUAAGCAGAACAUGUCAUCAUUCGUUGGUUCUCCCUUAAGAAGGUGGGUUAUCAGAAGGGGAUUGAGGACCGGUACUGUAUAAUAAAAAAUCCUGUUUGUGAAAUUACUUCAUUGCAAAAUGAUAGUUUUUAUAAAUUUAUAAAAAAGAGGUUUUAAAAGCAUGAUGUAAUAAUAUUUACUUUAUAGCUUUUCAACAAGAUACUAAUUCACAAAGUUUACCAUCUUCUGCAAGUACCAUUACUUCGAAAUCUACAACAAUAUCAAACUCUUCACUUUCAUCUGUAUUAGGUAAUGACAUACACAUCACCACCACUUAUGAGGAAUAAUUUUUUCUCUUUGUUGCAACACACAAAAAAAACUUGAGUUUUGUGUGCUGUUAAGUCAAAUGAUAAUUUUUACGUCUUCAAAUUAAUGCAAGAUCAGUUUAAAUACAGACGGUAAAUAGAUCUCAAAUACAAGCAUGAUGGUAUUUGUUUUGUAUUAGGUUCUCAAGUUGAUAUGUUGUCUACACUCUCACAUGCACCAGUUACACAAGAUGUUGCUUCUUUUGGUAAAUAGUUUGACUUUGCUAUCAUCACUAGGAAGCCGUUACUUCCACAAUUCUCCUUGUAAAAUUACACCAUCUCGUUUCAAUUACUAUUAUGUCCAGUGUUCCAAGUUCUGGAAAUGAUGAAGGUGUUUCAAAUGCGAUGCAAAGUGUUUUGACAACGUUGCCAAAAAAUAAUAUUACCUUUCCAGAAAAUAUCACAUUCUCUGAUGAUGAUGAUGAUGAUGAUGAUGAUGAUGAUGAUGAUUGUUCUCUACAAACGCAGCUGCCUGCUUAAGCAACAUGGAAACCUUAAGACUUCAUAGUUUUUAAAUUCCAGAGAAAACAAAAAAACGCAGAAAAAAAAGGGGUCCUUUACCAUCUACGACAAAGGCAAAGUUUUAUCAUCUCCCAGACGCAUCAAAAAUUCCAAAAUUCCGAAAACUGACAAAUGGCUCUGCUGAUCCUCUUUUAUUAGAACAUAUUAAUAGUGGCUACGGUUUUCCGCGUGACUGUUAUAAUUUCGAAAAAAAAGAACCAUGCUCAAUUUCAUUGUCACUUGGCCUCACAGAACAACGAUUUGAUGAUAGGAUAAGACAAUACUUCCCUUUACUACCAAAUAUUUAUUUUUUCCACACAAAUAAGAAACUCAUUCUCAGAAACUCAACUCAAUACAAAAGUGAAUCUGAGAUGGAAUUUUGUUAUCCAUGGAAUUAUCGAUGGCUACUCAAGAUUUGUACCAAUGCUUAGAAUAUCAACAGAUAACUUGGCGAAAACGGCUUUUGAUUUUUUCCUGGAAAGUAUAAGAUCUUGUGGAAUUCCUGGGAGAAUGCGCGCUGAUGGGGGAAGCGAAUUUAACCACGUAGAAUCUUUCAUGAAAUUAGCGAAUGGACAGAAUAGAGGGAGUUUUAUGAGGGGGAAGUCGGUUCAUAAUCAAAGAAUCGAAAGAUUGUGGAAAGACGUCCACGAAAAGGUUGUUGCUAAGUAUAAAGAUACGUUUCUCCAUAUGGAAAAUUAUGACAUCUUAGACGUAGAGGAUCCCAUACACAUGUUUUGUUUACAUCACACAUUUGCAAAACGCAUUGAUCGAGACUUGCAGAAAUGGAAGGAUGCGCAUAACAACCAUAAAAUGCGAACGGAACAUCACCAGACACCUCUUCAGCUUUGGAUCAGUGGAGGAAUUUUUUCACAGCAAUUUCAAUCGACAGCGAUGGAUAACCUUCACCGCAGAAGUUUACGUGAAAUAGAGGAUUUAAUUACAAGGUUUUUACGGAGUAAUCGUCUGAUAGAACCUAGCGGUAUUACAGCUGUUUUACAAAGAUUCCCCGCACCAUUGACAGCGGUGAAACUACAACUAUUAGAGCAAAGUAUUAACACCCAAGCCGAUUCCGAUCAAUAUGGGAUUGACAUAUAUAUAAAAGUAGUGGAAUUUGUACGUAAUAAUCGCUGAGACUGAGCACAUAUAUCUUAAAGCUUUAUCCUUUAUUUUUUUUAAUUAUCAUUGAAUGUCUUGUACAAGGUUUGGAAGAUCAUUCGUUUAGUAAGUGUGGAGCCUAUUUAAUUUAUAUCGAGCAUUUCUUCAAUCGAAUCCAUAUAUCUAGAAAAUUAUUUGACGCGACAAUGGAUCGUUAGCAUUUAUCCGAUUUAAAGAUCUCGUGUGUUUGACGGAAAAUAGGUUACUUUGCUACAAAAGUGAACAUGUAAUAAAUAUUGUUUAUCAUAUAACAAUUAAUAUAACCGUAAAAACUGAUGACGAGUGAUGUUAAUUUCCUUCUGUGAAUUGACUGUUUCUGAAUAUUUCGCGAGGAUUUAUUUUCGAAGUGAGUGGACUUGUAUAUCUUCAGAAUAUAAAAACAGGAUUUUUAUCAACGUUUUGGAAGUUUUUUUUCCAUUUUCAAGAUUAGAAUUGUUUUUACAAGUGUGCUGUCUUUUAUUUAUUUUCGCGACAAUUUGGGGAUAUUUUGUUCGUAGUAUUUUAAGUUAUUUUGGGGAUUAGAACCAAAAAACAAGGCGUAGACCAUGUCGAUGCUAUAGAGGGAUGACUAUUGGUUCAAUUUUGAAAAACGUUCCAUUUUUAAUUUUUUAAAAAAAAAUUUGGCCAGGAAAUUUAACCCAUGCGAAAAAUUAAGCCACUUAAGGUACUUAUUGAACAGUGCUUUCUUUACCUUAGUUACAAACCUGACAUUGAUUUUUUUAGACCAUAAUCAAUCUUACAUAAUAUGCGGUGGUCACUCGAGGAAAUAAGCAAAGGUGUAUUGUCUGGGGUAUUGCCUGAAAAAUUGGAAAACUGCGAUGUUGUUGUGCAGCAUGUAGUACAUAAAAUGGGUUGUCGUAUCAGAAAAAAAAUAACAUCAGAACUUGGGAGUGUUGACGCUGUUGUGGAGAGCAGAAGCAACAAUAGAUCUCGAUACAUUGUGAUGUGUCCUGUCAGUGGUUGUGACUAUCAAGGGCAACACGUUGAUAGCCAUCUGGUGUCGUUACAUCAAUGGACAAGAUACCAUGGACGAUUUUUCAAAUCUCGUCAAAUUCGGAUGUUCAAUUUCAUAAUGAAACUUUCCCAUCACGGUCAGCAUAAGCCAUUACCAUGUUCUUUAUGCGGACGUUAUCUCGACCGUUUGGACACCCAUUUAAAAAAGACACAUGGAAUAGCUACCAAAAAGGUUCCUGUUGCUUGGUGGUAUGUAGCCAUCUGACACAAUCAACUCGAUAUCGUACGAAGAUUUUCAGCAGCCUAGUUUGAUGAGUGCAACUUUCAAAACUCUGAAGGGCACAGAGCCAAUUAAUUUUAAUUAGUUUCAAUCCGUGGAUAGAAUCGAUAAAUUGAAUCGUAAACUAUUAUACUUAUUAGCGCAUAGUAAGUGUAGUCCCCGUCGAUAAACAGUUCCUAGCGGUGGUAAAAAUAUAGUUGCGUGCAUUUCUGCUAGGUACAACAUGUUGUGUGGUGGUAUAUAGCCAACCGACACACUUAGUUUGAUGAGUGCACCUUCCAAAAUUCUGAAGGGCACUAAGCCAAUUGAUUCUUAUUAAUUUCGACCCGUGUUUAGAGUUGAUAAAUUGAAUCGUAAACUAUUGUACUUAUCAACGCAUAGUAAGUGUGACGCCCGUCGAUAAGCAGUUCCACGCAAUGGUAAAAAUAUAGUUGCGUGCAUUUCUGCUAGGUACAACAUGUUGUGUGGUGGUAUAUAGCCAACCGAGACACUAUAGUAUGAACCAGUACUUCUGUACUUUAGCAAGUGAACACUAAGACCAUUAAUAGCAAA